CCCCGAGCAUUCAAAUAACGUUCGCCUCCUCUCCCCCUCACGGUCGCAGAUCUCGUCCUCCCGUUUCUCGAACCUUCUGCCGUCCCUCUUGGUUGGGGGCUCGAUCUCGCCCGCGCCUCGCCGAUCGCUGACCGCCAUGUCCGAGGACUUCGAGUUCGCCGAUCAGGUCCCUCCGUCGUUCGGUCGCACGGGAAAAGCGGCUGCAGAUGCUGGAGGGUUCAACCCGGGAUUGGUCGUGCUGCUGCUGGUUGUCGGGAUUCUGUUGAUAUUUCUUGUCGGGAACUAUUUGCUUUUCGUGUAUGCGCAAAAGACCCUUCCUCCUAAGAAAAAGAAGCCAGUCUCUAAAAAGAAGAUGAAGAGGGAAAAACUGAAGCAAGGGGUUUCUGCACCAGGAGAGUAGAACUUGUGCUUCCUAUUUAACGGCUCGAUGUCCUUGACUCCAGAAUUUUUCCUUUAUCUGGUAUUUAAGACACUAUUGGAUUGUCUUCAAGAUUGGUUUACCUUGUU